GUUGUUCUAAGUCUGUGUAAGGUAUUAAAAAUGGAUUUUAUCCGUAACUUUUUGAUUUUGUUGCCGCUGUUUGUCGCUGCUCAAAAUGGAACAGUUUAUGAUGGAGCGGUAUAUUGUACUGGAUACGAUACUGAUGCAGCCAACUGUACGUGCCCAGCUUCUAGGUUCACAUGUGCCUGCGAAAACGACACAAGUCCCGCUUGCCACGCGUCAGAUAAAUGUAUCCCCCUUGAACACGUGUGUGACGGCUCUAAUGACUGCCCUUUGGGAAACGACGAAGAAAAUUGCGACUGUGACCCAAAUGAAGUUAGAUGCGGAUGUAUAUUUGACCACGAUACUUGUAACGGUGAAGGAAGAUGCAUUUAUUUAAAUGAUGUGUUGGACUCAAUAGACGACUGUGAAGACGGAAGUGAUGAGAUUUGUAAAACUGGAAACACUAUAAAUUCGAAUGGAUGUGGUUAUCGUUUCUCUCAGUGCAAAACUGAGUAUCUUAGGGACCAGGCGUUAAAGUUUUUUAGGAGGCUAAAUGUAACAGCAAACUGCUGGCCGUUGGAUAUCUGGAAUGCGAAAAACUCGACUACUGAACGUCAGUGGAGAUGCGUUUUCUCUGAUCUAGUUCACACUCCUGAUCACUGUUUGCCGGCGAUUGCACAUUUUAAUUCACUGUUAAUGUGCGAUAAUGGUAAACUGGAUAAACCUAGAGAAACAUGCAACUAUCAUAGACAUUGUCGUAAUGAUAUGUUGGGAAAUGCAUUGGGGUUUCGAUGUAAGCCUAAAGCAAAGUAUUCCUGCAUCCGGGAAGACCUUUAUGUCCCACAAAGUAACUUAUACGAUUCAGACAUCAAUUGCUCGGAUAAUUCCGAUGAAUGUUUCGUUGAUGGUAAGUUGAAAUGUUUCCAAUGCUUGGAUAAAAAACUGAUAAUCUCAACUAAACAAGUUUGUGACGGAAUGAUUGAUUGCUAUGACGUGUCCGAUGAAUGCUUGUGCGAGAACCAGACCGUUUGUGAAAAUGUUCGUGAUCAUAAACACGAAAUUUGCCCCAAUGGUAAGCUAUAUUGCUCCGAAGAAAUCGGUUGUUUGGAUUUCAUGAACUUUACUGCGGUUUAUAAUUCUUGUGUGCAAAACUACACCACGAAUGCUUACAGGCGAAAAUAUAGGUUUGAACAAAUACUGUGCCCCGGAACGAAUUUCUACGGUUUUAUGUGCGAUGGGGUAAUAGAGUGUCCAGGAUUUGAGGACGAAUGCAGCUGCGAAGAAAAAUAUUCCAUUUGCGACGAACAGCAGUCGUGCUGGAUCCAGAGGCCUAAUUCCGUUUAUAGUAUCCGCUUUUGUGACGGUUUACCGUCACAGCCAUACAUAUACAUGGACAGCUUUGCGGAAAAAAUCGACUUGGACGAAAUCACAAACGAAACUCUGCCGGGAAACCUGUAUGAUUUUUUUAAAGACAUAACGUCAAACCCAAUGAAUCAAAAUAUGACUCCGUGUGCGUUUGGCUACGACGAGGUCAACUGCUCGAGCCGCCAUUACUGCAGGCAAGGAGAAUCUGUUAGCAUUGAUUUGUCGCGUACAUGUGACGGAGUUGUCGAUUGCGAGGAUUGGUCAGACGAGGAAAUAACCUUGUGUGAAUCUAAGAGGUUUUAUUGCGUAAACAAAACCCCGCUUUCUGUCGAUCGUCGUUUGGUUGAAGAUGGUAUCAAAGACUGUACAGAUGGAAGCGACGAAUGCCCAGUGAACAGCAACAAAUCAACCAUUUUUUCGUCCCAGUUUGAAAUGAUUGCGAACCCCAUUAUAAGAGCAGCGUUCUGGGUCAUGGGGUCAGCCGCAAUUGUGGGGAAUCUUUCAGUAUUCUGCUACUCGAUCAAACAACUAGUGACGACCAAAUACAAAAAUAGAGUUCAGAUGUCGAACGAUUGGUUUAUUUUGAACUUAUCAGCUGCGGAUUUUUUGAUGGGGAUUUACUUGAUUACAAUCAGUAUCAAAGGCGUUCAUUUUUCUGGCAGUUAUUGCUAUAAUGACCUUGAAUGGAGAACAAGUAAGCUGUGCAACACUCUUGGCGUCUUCGUAAUCCUGUCUACUCAAACGUCCUUGUUUGUAAUGUGUAUAAUGACCACCUUUCGGUUAAUGGGUGUUAUAUGUCCAAUUAAGCUACGAAACGUAAAGUUUCGUUUUUCAGCCCUCUCAACGGCAAUGGCCUGGAUUACUGCAACGGUAAUUGCUAUUGUACCGGUGCUAGAUUUAUCGUCAGGGUAUUUUGUAACUGGAGUUUGGUACCCAAACAAUUUCCACAAGACCAGAGUUGUGAACAAAUCAAAUAUGAUUAAGCUUGCCAGUCGAAUUGCUAACAGGACGCCUUCAAAUUGGACAGAUACAAGAAGAAUUAUAAGCGGAGCAUUCGAGGUUUACAAAAUCCAAGGGGAAACUGGAUACUUUAGCGACACAAGUGUUUGCAUGCCAAGGUUAUUCGCAAAAGUCUACGAGUAUACAUGGGAGUAUUCCCUUUUCCUAAUCUCCCUCAACUUUACAAUGUUCAUGUACAUUUUGGUGAGCUAUAUUUUUAUCUACAAGAAAGGAACGAAAAUGAAAUCUAAAAGUAAGGACAACGCCCGUAGCAUGCAAAGUCGAAUUUCCAGACUUAUUCUAACUGACUUUAUAUGCUGGGUGCCAAUAUGUGUCAUGGCCUAUAUUAGUUUAGCUGGAAUUGACCUUAAUAAGAUCGUGUACGCUGUAAGUGCCGGUAUCCUACUACCAGUAAACAGCGCACUCAAUCCUAUCAUUUAUUCAAAAUUUGUAGAAGACAACAUUAAGAAAGCGUUAAAGUUCGUGACUCGACCUUGCACUCGAAAAAAGGAAAACGAAUAAAAAAUUCUGUCCAAUCUUGAGUGAUACAACACCCUACACACCAUAGUGGUUCACUAUUCUUGUCAAUAAAGAAACCUAUUCAAACAUUUAAAUUGGUACUGUAUACUUUUAAAUUAGUACUGUUUACUUUACAUAUUGUACCUUGACUCUGUUAAUGAUUAAAAAUACGCAUAUAUAUACAGUAGGAUGGGGGAAGAUGGGACACACUUUAACUCUAUUUUCUCGUCCCAUAUGGUAGUAAACAAAGAACAUUCAAAGAAAUAUGAAACUAUGUCCCCAUGAGUCUCAUAGACCGUUGUUAGUUGUUUAAAACACGAUUAGGAUAUCUGGAUAUUAUGUGCUAAAGGUCUCCCAUCUUCGCCCACCCUAAUAUAUAUAUAGUUAUUUUGCGGCAAGAUAGGACACCGUAUGCACAUAUUGUCUUAAUCGUGUUUUAAAAUUAACAAGCUAUCGGAUUCGUGAGCAUACGACGUUAUAAUUCAUUGAAUGUUCUUUGUUUACUACAAAAUGGGACGAGAAAAAAUAAUGAAAACAUGUCCCAUUUUCCCCCACCCUACUAUAUAAAAUUGUUUCUAUUCAUUGCUUUCAUAUACCCUGUAUUGUCGUUUGAAAGUCGAAUUACCUGUUGUUUACCCGUCAUUCUUUCGCAGCCAUGAACAAUAAAUACUGCAAAAUAAAUUGCUGAUUUUCCAUUAAGAACGUGUUACAGGCAUAAUGCUGUCUAUGAUUGAAUAAAACUUAUUUAUAUGUUCUCGCGUGGCAGGACAACAGUUAUAAUAUAGGUGUUCCGUUUCAUUUUUUCUUUUUUUUUUAUCAAGUAAUUUCCUUAAGAUUCUGCAAAUAAAUUACAAAAGUGUUGCAACUAGUAAACAAACAACAACAAAAUAUACAUCUAGUUAUGGUCAUAAAUUUCAACUAAAACUGUCAUUUGCUUUGUUGUUGUUUUGUAGAACGGCAGCAACAUCAGUUCAAAUCACUUGAAGUCGUCUGGUAGGUCAUAUGAUCUUACUAAAGUGCGGUUCAGUAAAUCACCAGGGCGACUGAUGCAAUCACAAGUAUAAGUGCAAAUUUCCAAUGGCAGGGCACAAAUUAUAUUGUACAGUACGGUAUGAAUAGAUUUGAUUUGGUCAGGUUGUAAAAUCAGCUGUUUCUAACAAUUAUUGUAAUAUGUAGUAGGGUUGGAGAAGAUGGGACACCUUUUCUUUCAAUUUUCUCGUCCAAUAUGGUGGGAAGCAUAUGAAACUUAAAGAAUUAUGGAACCUUAUCCCUACGACUCCCAUAUACCGAUGUUAAGUAUAUAAAACACGAUCAGGAUGUUUGGGUAUCAUGUGCUAAAGAUGU